GUAGCUCUGAUCUUCCUUCUCGGCACACAGCAGCACUGGCCGGGAUUGUUUCUGGGAACCUGGAGGGAGCAAGGACAUACUGACAUUUUGCACUGAUUAAAUCACAUUUGGGUGUGAUGGAGCCUGCAGUUUCCUGUUUAUUGGGAUUCCUUUUGGCCUUUCUUCUCUUACAGUUCACAGUACCUGCCCAAGCAAUGAGUUCCGAUAUACAAAUUAGCAUUCAGGUUCCAGAUGCAGAAAGUGUACUGGUGGAGUGUACUUCAGGAAACUUGAUCCCACCUGCUGAGAUUACAUGGAGAGACAGCAAGGGGAAAGUAAUUCCACCCUCGUCAAAAUUUGAUUCUCAGGAUAGAGCUGGAUUAUUGUACUUGAAGAGCAAUAUUCUUCUAAAAAACAGAACACAAGGUCCUAUUACUUGUUCUAUUUACAAUGUAACUACUAAGCAGGAGAAAAAGAGAAGUAUUUUCCUCCCAGAUGUCCUGUUCAAGCCAGCACAUAUGUCAUUGAUGUCAAAAAGACCUCCAUGCCCUGUAAUAUAUUUGAUCAUUAUAUUACUUCUUCAUUGUCUCAGAGGCAUACUUCUUUUUUGUUCUUUUGUAUGGAAAAAAUAUAAAUCUACAGAAGAUCCGAAGAGAAUGAGACUUGGCUAUAAGAUUGUCUGUGAAUGUCUACCUUUAGCGUUGUAUAUUGGCUUCCUUCCUCUCUACUUGAAAUUCAGGAGCCAAGCUUCUAUUUUGGACGAUGCAUACCCAUUGUAUAGUAAUUGGCUGUGGGAUGUAUGCAUAAUAUUGGUUGUGAUGAUGAUAUUUUUCACUGGACUAAUUGUGCUUCUACUUUAUAACCUAAAGACCAAAGAACAGAACCAACAGGAUCGUUUAAGCCAAACUUCACACGAAGCUGGUCAAGAAAUGUCAUCACUUUUGUUGUUGGAUGAUGCCUCUCUAAUGACAAUUGUGCUCGGCAGCAAUUUCUUCACAGGAGAUGACCAAUAA